AGAAGAUAAUCGACUGAUGAGUGAGGCGAGAGAGAGAGAGAGUGUAGGCAGCAGACAGUCAAAAUCACACGCUCUUACUGUACUCGCCGGCCACGUCAGCCUGCGCGCCCCUCCGGCGAAAUCCGCCGCCACUACGGCCGCGACCACCAACCUCCACCGCCCGCCAGUUCCGCCUGCUGCAUUACCGCUUGAAAUUACCGAUCUGCUGCCGAACAUAUGAGCGAGCAGGCCAAUCCCCAAGCUAAACCCCAGCCUGAACUCAGCACCUCCGAUGCCGUCGACGCAGCCGCCGCCGCCCUCACCGAGGCACCGCCGCCGAUUACUCCUGCUCCCCUGACCUCCUCAUCCAACUCAGCUCCCGCGUCCAAGAUCCCCCUCCGCCCCCGCAAAAUCCAGAAGCUCUCCCCGGACGAUCCCAAACCCUCUACCUUGAAUCCAUCGACGUCGGCGCAGAAGCCCUCUUCCGCCAGCAAGAACCGCGCCGCUGCACGCCGAUCAUCGUCCGAAGCCCUAGCCCGUAUCAUCCCCCGAGUGACCGCCCGCUCCCUUUCCUGCGAGGGCGAGGUGGAGAGCGCCCUCAGCCACCUCCGCGCCGCCGACCCCUUGCUCUCCCCCCUCAUCGACCUCCACCCGCCGCCGACUUUCGAUACCUUCCACACCCCUUUUCUCGCCCUGACCAAGAGCAUCCUCUAUCAGCAGCUUGCAUACAAGGCUGGGACAUCGAUUUACACCCGGUUCGUCUCCCUCUGCGGUGGCGAGCAUGGUGUGGUCCCUGAGGCCGUCCUUGCUCUGAACCCUCACCAGCUCCGCCAGAUCGGCAUAUCCGGCCGGAAGGCCAGCUACCUCCAUGACCUCGCAAGGAAGUACCGGAAUGGGAUUCUGUCGGAUUCCUCGAUAGUGAACAUGGACGACAAGUCUCUGUUUACGAUGUUGACCAUGGUCAACGGGAUUGGCUCCUGGUCUGUACACAUGUUCAUGAUUUUCUCUCUUCAUCGGCCUGAUGUCCUCCCGAUAAACGAUCUCGGGGUGAGGAAAGGAGUGCAGAUGCUCUAUGGGCUGGAGGAGCUACCGAGGCCCUCUCAGAUGGAGCAGCUCUGUGAUAAGUGGAGGCCCUACAGGUCGGUGGCCUCUUGGUACAUGUGGCGGUUCGUGGAGGCAAAGGGAGCACCUUCGGGUGCCGCCUCCAGUGUGGCCUCCUCUGGUGCUAGUUUGCAUCACCAGCAUCAGCACCAGCAGCCUCCACCUCCGCCAGUAGAGGACCAGCAGCCUCUCGUGGACCCGAUUAAUAGCAUUCUUAAUCUUGGGUACAAUGAGUUUCAUUUCAGUUCCUAGUACGUUAUCGAAACCCUGUAAUAUUCGUGUUAAGGAUUCUCUGUCAUGAAUAUGAAUCUGUUCCCAGUGUGGUAAUUUAACUUUAAAUCUCA